UUGUUGUUUCUAAUUGUAAUAUAGGACAAUGAUUGGGCCUAACAAUCAUUGUUUAAAUGCAGAUAGUCCCGCUGCAGUAUGUAGAUGUGUUUUGCAUGUGGGCCACAUUUUGCGUACUGUGCACCGCGGACGAAUCUUUCAAUCUCUCAAUUUAUUCCCCACCGCGACUAAUAGGUUGUAACGAGUUUCUACUGAGUUGAUCAAUGCCUUCUAAGUCUUUAUUUUAGGGAAUCCAGAGCUAAGCGGGUCUCGACAUGGCUGUCCUCGAGGAUGUUCCGGGUAUCGAAGUUACUGUACAAGUUGCUGGUAUCGAUGCUGCUGAAUAUGAGGAUCCCAACGCGUCGGAGCAGGAUGUCGCGGGCGCGAAUUGUCCCACUUCAACUAAGUACAUCGAAUGCAUCGAUGGGGCUGAGUUUGCUAUUAAGACACGAGUUACUGGAGACUACCGAUGGAGCCACCCGGUCACUGCUCUUAACUGGGAUUUUCGCAUGGACGAUAAAAGUACUCGGGGUUAUGUCAUAAGAAGAGGGGACAUGGUUAAUGGCGUCGCAACAAAAACUAAAGCUGACGACACGGUGUAUUGCAGUCAUACCAAGCAAUGGAUUCGUCAAAGGUUUCAGUUCUCUGCCGUCGACGUCGUUGACGACGCGAAAAAGGAUCGAAUCGAAGAUGACACCAAGAUAGCUAAGCACCUUGGGAUGAUUCAAGUUCGUAUAUAUCGGUGUAUCUAUUUAGGACAUCGCGCAUCAUCAUUCCGAAAGCCUACUACAAGCAAUAAAUUAGAGCUUGCAGAGAAGUCUCUUAAGGGCAAAGCUAUAUCGCACGGAACUUCAUUUUUGUCAUCGGGGAAGGGCGUGCCUGCUCCCACGUCGUGUAAUAUAAGCUAUCUCGACGGGCGUGAUAAGCCGAUUGCGACGUUUCGAUUCCAUUAUAGAUCUAGAGAUGCUCUAAAACGCGAGAUGGUCAUUCCUCGAUCUCCAUCGCCAAGCCCAGGGCCGAAGCGAGAAGUCGCUCGAAUGUCGCGGGCCGAGCUGGAACGGUUAGCUGGAGAGAGGCUCGUCCAGUUGCAGAGAGAUGGUAAUAUUAAAGAAGAGCGCAAGCCUUCUUUGAAACGGGAAUUCAAAGAAGUCGUCGACUUGAGCGGCGAGACCGAGCGACCCGGAAAGUCCUCUCGAACCGCGCUGGAGAUACCGGAGGAAGUUAUUGAUCUGACAGACGAUUAAAUAUUGCCCGGUUGACGUGAUACUGAAGACGUAUCAAUUAUCUGCGGAUUUUGUCAUCAUGUCGCUCAUUUUCUUAUGAGAAGAGAAGGUUGAAUUGGAGUCGACCUAUCGGGGUUCGGGUUAUGAAACUAAAUAUGAGGGAAUUAGGUCUGCUAGAUUGUUCAAUGGUAGAAAAUUGUUCUCGGUGUGAUAAGCCGAGAAAGUGAAGAAGAAAGCGAAUCGAGGACGCUACCAAUAAAUUCAAAGGGCUAUAUGCGUACCUAGUAGGUUAGUGGCUAGUGAAGCUGAGCUUGACGUAACCAAUCCCCUUGUAGGAAAUGGAGCUCUAGUCCCACU